AAGAACUGGUAACCAGGACUUCUCCCAGGGCCAGUGGGGCUGGGCUUUGCAGUACCUUGCUUCCUGUGCACCGUGGACAGCUGUUGCCUUUAGGAAGUGUAACCCUGCUGGAGUGCCGGCAGAUCCAGCUGUGGGGAAACCCCACCGAAGGGUUGCUAAAUUCCCAUCAGUACAGCUGAAGCAGCAGAGGGACGGGAAGGAGGGCAGUGGUUCUGCCAUGGAGGCUCCUCAGAGGCACCCAGUGGGGCAGAGUUGUGAUAAAGAAAUAGAAGACGUGGUCUGUAACUUCCUGGAGGCUCAAGAGGGUGUGGAAAAGCUCCAGAGCUGCUACAAGAAAAGGAUCCAGGCUACUCAGAAUGACCUGCAGUCCCUUCGGGAGGAGGUGAUGGGGGACUUCCGAAAGAUGCACAGCUUCCUGUAUGCUGAGGAGCAAUCUGUGAUGGCCAAGAUUGGCCAAGAAGAGAAGCAGGUACUCAGCCGCCUGGAGAACAGAGUGACAGACAUCACCAAGAGGGCAGCUUGUGUUCUGGAGCUAAUGGAUUACUUGAGUGAGGUGGAGGACCAUGAUGGGCACCUAACAGGUAUGGCUGAUAGCCAGGUGGAUCAUCUAAAGACAGAGCUGACCAGGCGUAGCAAGGAGCUGAGACACUACAGGCCCGCUGUCCUCUCCAGCCCUUCUCUGACGUACAUGGUUUGUAGAAGGAUGCUGUGGUAUGUGAUGCGGUCUGCUCUGGAGCGCCUCACCCUGGACCCGAAGACAGCCCAUUCGCACCUGCAGCUCUCCGAAGACCUGAAAUCGGCAAAACUGGGACCCAGUGCCCAGGCUGUCCUGGAGGACCCCCAGCGCUUUGAGCCAUGUCUUUAUGUCCUCUGCUCUCAGGCUUUCCGCGCAGGCAGGCACUACUGGGAGGUGAGCGUUGGGGGCAAAAGCAACUGGGUGAUUGGGGUAGCCAGCCACUGUGUCAACCGCAAGGCAACAGAAGAUCUCAAACCUGAAAAUGGAUACUGGGCCCUUCGGAAGAUACCCGGCAACCGUUACUAUGCCCUGUCCUCACCCCCAGCCCUCCUGACCCUGGAUUCCAGCCCCAUGCAGGUGGGCAUUUGCCUGGACUAUGAGAGCGGCAGGGUUGGGUUUUACAACGCCGAGUGCAUGGCAGAGAUCUGCACCCUCGGGGGCAACUUCCAGGAGCCCUUGCACCCUUUCUUCUGCCCCGGCCUGGUGCUGGCCGAGCAGGACUAUGAGCCUCUCCGGGUGUGCAAUUAGAGCAGGGAGAGGG